UUUUUUUUUUUCUCAAAACUCUUUUUUUUUUUCUCCAAUUUUUUCAGUAUGACCUUUCUUUCCACCUUGAACCGUAUUGCUCCUGUUGCAACCUCUGCUUCUCGUGUUGCCACCAAGUCUGUCAAGCCUGCUUUUACUGCUUAUGCUCAAAAGCGUUAUAAUUCCAAUGGUGUCACUGAAAUGACUGUUCGUGAUGCCUUGAACCAAGCUAUUGACGAAGAAAUGACUGCUGAUGAAAAAGUCUAUAUUUUGGGUGAAGAAGUUGCUCAAUAUAAUGGUGCUUAUAAGGUCACUAAGGGUUUACUUGACAAGUUUGGUUCCAAGCGUGUCAUUGAUACUCCUAUCACUGAAAUGGGUAUUGCUGGUAUUGCUGUUGGUUCUGCUUUCAAUGGUCUCAAGCCUAUUUGUGAAUUUAUGACUUUUAACUUUGCUAUGCAAGCCAUCGAUCAAAUUGUUAACUCUGCCGCUAAAACUUAUUACAUGUCUGGUGGUAAAGUAACUUGUCCUAUUGUAUUCCGUGGUCCUAACGGUGCUGCUGCUGGUGUUGCUGCUCAACAUUCUCAAUGUUUCGCUGCCUGGUAUGGUUCUGUUCCUGGUUUGAAGGUAGUAUCUCCUUGGAACUCUGAAGAUGCUAAGGGUUUGUUGAAGGCUGCCAUUCGUGAUCCCAAUCCUGUUGUUGUUCUUGAAAACGAAUUGGAAUAUGGUACUUCUUAUCCUGUCUCUCAAGAAGCUUUAUCAUCUGACUUUAUUUUGCCCAUUGGUAAGGCCAAGAUUGAACGUGAAGGUAAAGAUAUCACCAUUGUUGCCCACUCUCGUUCUGUUGGUUUCGCUGUCAAGGCUGCUGAAGAAUUGGCCAAGACUGGUAUUUCUGCUGAAGUCAUCAAUUUGCGUACCAUCAAGCCUAUGGAUACUGAAACUAUCUUCAAAUCCGUCAAGAAGACUCAUCGUAUCAUGACUGUUGAAGGUGGAUGGGCUUCUUUCGGUGUUGGUUCCGAAAUUGCUGCUCAAAUCAUGGAAUCUGAUGUCUGGGAUGAACUUGAUGCUCCUUUGAGCCGUGUUACUGGUGCUGAUGUUCCUACUCCUUAUGCUGCCAACCUCGAACAAUUGGCUUUCCCUGAUGAUAAGGUGAUUGUCAAAGUUGCCCGUGAUAUCCUCGAUAAGAAGUAUUAGAAUGUCAUCAUCCGUUUUCUCUGAUGUGUUUUUAUUGGUAUUAUGUGCUUGAUGUUAUAUAUAUAUAUAUAUAUAGUAUAGUCAUAAAAAAAAAAAACUAGUUAGUCAUCCCUCUUUUUCCACAUUCUUCCUUUCUUCUUAUUUUGUUAUUACUGUUAUUUUCCCUCGUCAUCAUUUUUUUAAUCCCUCAUUUAUAGUAUAGUCAAUUGUACUAAUUGUUUUUUUUUUUUUUUGUCUUAGUUUAUUCCAUCCAUCUCACUUUUUUUUUCCAACCUUUUACAUAUAUAUAUAUUACAUUAAAUAUAGAAACGAAAAGCUUAAAAUUUAAUGAUGAAAUAGUAUUAUUAUUAGUUUGAAGUGCACAGGGCAUGCUCGUGACCACAUGGUGUAGACUCUUUUUUUGAAUGACAAGUGAUGACGAUAUUUCAUUCACCUGUUGAUAUGCUCAGUUGACUAUUUAAGGUUUUUCUGAACUUAGUGAUGUAGAAAAAAAAAAA